UCACCAGGUCCCGGCCAGCGAUUCCUGGCCAGCACUCGGUGAUUGUUGGCAGAAGCUGACAGUGGAGAGACCAUAGACAUGCUGCUUUGUAUCUCUCUGCACAUCAGAGAGAUACAAAGCAGCAUGUCUCCCAAGUAAAACAGCACACAGCACACGAUGUAAAAUACACACAGCACACAGUUAACCCUUUGAUUACCCCAAAUGUUAAUCCCUUCCUGCCCAGUGUCAUCAGUACAGUGUCAGUGCUUUUUAUUAGCACUGACCACUGUAUUAGUGUCACUGGAGAUGUCAGUGUUAGUUAGUCAGUUCCCACCCAGUGUCAGAAUACCCAGUCCCGCAAUA